CAGCUCUGCAGCUCAGCCGGACUUGUUGGAGGAGCAGCGGAGGGAGGGAGGGAGGGAGGGAACAGCCGCUCCCCCUCCUGUCCUCUGACAAGGAAACGCGCACUCAUCCGCGCUCCGGCCAGCCCUCCCCGGACCUCUGUGCCGCUCUCCCUCCGCGCGGACAGAUGUGAGGGCAGAGCCGGAGCUCGGCGCGUCAGGACGGCCAUGGAGGAGCGCUGCUCCCCGGAACACGAGAGGAUGGAAGCGUGGCUGGACGACCAUCUGGACUUUACUCAUUCCUACUUUGUGCGCAAGGCAUCAAGGGAAAUGGUGAAUGCCUGGUUUGCUGAACGUGUCCACACCAUCCAGUCUUCAACUUCCAAAGAAAAUUCUUCACAACAGCGAAUUCACCAGUCCUCCACAGAGUUCAGCCAUUUCUCUGCCACCACUGUCCUCCCACCGACUCUUACCCUCCUGGACAACCGCUGUCCCUCCCCAGCCUCGAUCCCCAGCCCAGCUCCUGGGACGCCCACUCGCAAAAUCUCUGCGUCAGAGUUUGAUCGGCCGCUCCGACCCAUCGUGGUCAAAGACUCUGAGGGCUCCCUCACGUUCCUGAGCGACUCUGAGCGAGAGGCUCUUCCUGUCUUGGGCUCUGUGAUGGGCGAGGGUGGGGUCACUGGUAAAGGUAAUACUGGGGGUGACCGCUGUGCCCGGCUGCUGGAGCUGGUUAAGGAAGUGUCUAGCCAUCUGGAUGUGCCCGCUCUCUGUCAUAAGAUCUUCCUGCACAUCAAUGAGCUGAUUGCUGCUGAUCGCUACUCACUGUUUCUGGUGGGGGAGGACAGCUCCAACAGGAAGUUCUUGGUCAGUCGUUUGUUUGAUGUGGCUGAGGGCUCCACGCUGGAGGAAUCAUCCAGUAGCUGCAUUCGGCUGGAAUGGAACAAAGGCAUUGUGGGUCAUGUUGCUGCAACGGGACAACCGCUCAACAUUAAGAAUGCUUACCAGGACCCCAGAUUUAAUGCAGAGGUUGAUCUGAUCACAGGAUACAAAACCCAGAGUAUCCUCUGCCUGCCCAUCAAAAACCACAGAGGAGAGGUUGUUGGUGUGGCACAAGCUAUUAACAAGAAAUGUGGGCAAGAUGGAGCCUUCACAGAGCAGGAUGAAAAGGACUUCUCAGCCUAUUUGGCUUUCUCGGGAAUCGUCCUGCACAAUGCCCAGCUUUACGAGACGUCACAGCUGGAAAACAGACGCAAUCAGGUGCUGUUGGACCUGGCCAGUCUCAUCUUUGAGGAGCAGCAGUGUUUGGAGGUUUUACUGCGGAAGAUUGCAGGAACCAUCUUGUCCUUCAUGCAGGCGCAGGCGUGCACGGUCUUCAUCGCUGAUGAAGAGUCAAUGAAUUCCUUCUCCGGUGUGUUUCACAUGGAAUACGAGGAGCUUAGUGAAGUCCUAGAAGACCCCAAAAGAAGCUGUGAUGUCAACCAGAUCAACUAUAUGUACGCACAGUAUGUCAAAAACACCAUGCAGCCUCUCAACAUCUCUGAUGUCGCCAAGGACCAGCGCUUCCCCUGGACGAGUGAUUGCCCAGAUCACACGAGCAACCAGAUAAAAAGUUUGCUCUGCACGCCUAUCAGGAAUGGGAAAAAGGACAAAGUCAUUGGUCUUAUCAUAUCACGCCUCUGCCACGGAGGAGGAGUCGCGGACACUCCAGGUAACCGCGGUUGCUGCAGUUCCGUCAGCGCAGUCGCUGUGUCUUCUGGACUUCAGCUUCAGCGACUUCGACCUGUCGGACACUGAAACCACACUCGCCACAAUCCGCAUGUUUAUUGACCUCAACCUGGUCCAGACUUUCCAGAUGAAGUACACGAGCUUGUGUCAGUGGAUCCUGAGUGUGAAGAAGAACUACAGGAAGAACGUGGCGUAUCACAACUGGAGACAUGCGUUUAAUACGGCACAGUGCAUGUUUGCACUCCUCAAAUCAGGACGACUGCAGAACAACCUAAGUGAUCUCGAGAUCUUAGCUCUGAUGAUUGCAACCCUAAGCCAUGACCUGGACCACAGAGGGGUAAACAACUCCUACAUCCAAAGGAGUGACCACCCUCUGGCCCAGCUCUACUGCCACUCCACGAUGGAGCAUCACCACUUUGACCAGUGCCUCAUGAUCCUCAACAGCCCAGGAAACCAAAUCUUGAGUGGCCUCUCUCUGGACGAGUACAAGGCCACUCUGAAGAUGAUAGAAAAGGCAAUCCUGGCCACAGACCUCGCUCUUUAUAUGAAGAAGCGGGAAGACUUCUUUGAGCUCACCAAGAAUAACCAGUUUGUUUGGGUGGAUGAACAUCACAGAGACUUGCUGAGGUCUAUGCUGAUGACUGCAUGUGAUAUCUCUGCCAUCACAAAGCCCUGGCCAGUGCAGAAAAGGGUCGCUGAGCUGGUGGCCACAGAGUUCUUUGAACAAGGAGACAAAGAGAGGCGAGAGCUCAAUAUUGAGCCCACUGACUUGAUGAAUCGUGAAAAAAGAGACAAGAUUCCCAGCAUGCAGGUGUCCUUCAUUGAUGCUAUUUGCAUUCAGUUAUAUGAGACCUUGGCUGGGCUGUCGGAGCACUGCUCCCCACUGCUGGAAGGCUGUCAGAAAAACCGCCAGCACUGGAAGCGUUUGGCUGACGACUGUGAGAAAGGACUGGUCAACGGUCUGGUGUGAGACCAGCUACCAUUGACAUUUAC